UUUUGUAAUGGAUAGUUCACAAUAAUAAUGGUUCCUUAAAUGUAGAAUGUAAAAAUCAGCUGGUAUUUUAAUAGUUGAAAGAAUAUGGAAAGUGAUCAGGAUUUGGUUGGGCCUCCCAAAGACAUUUUUACCACAGCAGAUAAAAGUCUUACGGAUGAGGAAAAGUGUAGAUUGGAGGCUCAAAACAGUCGUAUGGUUCCCGAGUUCAAAGCUAAGAAACUUGAAGAGCAAGCACAACGUCAUUGGGAUAUUUUCUACAAACGCAAUGAAACACAUUUUUUCAAAGACCGACGUUGGACCACACGUGAGUUUGAAGAAUUAUUGGAUAUACCACACGAAAAGAAUCAAGAAGGCGGUGAAAAACAACGACGUUUACUUGAAGCCGGCUGCGGCGUAGGCAAUUUAAUAUUUCCUCUAAUCGAAGAAAAACAAGAGAGAAGUUCAGGUUCGAAUACUUCUUGGUUUUAUUACGCUUGUGAUUUUUCACCACGCGCUAUAGAGUUCGUUUGCUCAAAUCCACUAUAUGAUGAACGCCGUAUAAAAGCAUUCCAAUGUGAUAUAACCACGGAUCAAAUACAUGCUCAUAUAUCUGCGUCCUCUUUGGAUAUUGUUACAAUGAUAUUCGUAUUAUCUGCCAUUCACCCUGAAAAAUUUUCCGCUGUUGUGGAAAACAUGUAUCGCCUCCUAAAGCCCGGCGGUGUAAUUUUAUUUAGAGAUUACGGACGUUAUGAUAUGGCACAAUUACGUUUCAAACCUGGCAAUAAGAUAGCUGAAAAUUUUUACAUGCGACAAGAUGGCACCAGAAGUUAUUUCUUUGCCGAAAAGGAAUUGGCUGCAUUGUUUACACAUUCUGAUAGGUUCGAGAUUAUUGAAAAUUCCUAUGUACACAGGCGUACGCUAAAUAUUAAAGAAGGCAUUGAUGUGCCUCGCAUUUUUCUCCAAUCGAAAUUACGAAAGAGAUAAUUAAUGUUUUUUGCAUUUAAUGGGAGUAAUUUAUUAAUUAUAUUAAUUAAAUUUAAUAAUAGAUAACAUUUUGUUAGGUAACAUUGAAUAAAUACAUUUAAUUAAAAAUAUCUAAUUAUAUGUGUCGUGAGUGGAGUGAUAAAUUCUAAAAAGAAAUUACAAUUUUUUAAGUGACUUAGUGACUACUGGUUUACUGCUCAAUAAGUGACAAUACAAACAUACAUACACUUCUCAUUAGCGUUAUAUGGAAGGAAUAUGAUUGAAGUGCUAUUUAGAAAAAAUAAACAAGCUUAUACCAAGGAAAACAA